AUGUCUGUCCUUGGUCAACUACUAGGUGGUAGACCUCAGCUUUUUCAGGACAUCAGAGCACACUAUCUUAACAUCAAAAACCAGAUAUCGUGGACAACCAGCGACCUUUGGAUGAUUCUUUGCAGUUUGAUCACCUCGUCAGAAAUUAAACACAUCAUUAUCGUCAUAGACGCUGUUGAUCGAGCAGAUAGGAGUAUCUUCUCUGAAUUACAAGACUUAAUUCACAGCUGCAUCCAGAGAGAAGCUUGCUGUAAGAUUGUUGUCACUGCCACAGAGCCGCCACCAAAUCAUCAUUUGCCUGCCUUGCAUGUAGUUGACUUGGCGAAAGAAUUUCCGGACGAAAUAAAGAGAGAUGUUGCCACUGUAGCCGAAAGGGGGAUUCACUCUUUGGCUUUCAUUUCCCCAGAAUACAAAGAUCUAGCGGAUAAACUGUCGAGACAAAGUCAGACUCGAGGACGCCAGCUGGAGACAGCGCUAGGUCUCAGAUUACUUGGAGCUCAAGGAUGUAGGUCCACAGCCAGUUCCAUACAAGCCGAAAUUCAAUCGAUAUUCGCCAGUCAUCCGCCCUUCCCUGAACGCUUGGUUGAUCAUGUCUUAUCUUCCCCACUGUGGAUACAUGACUGUCUAUUCUGGAUCUUGCAUUCCUACCGACCACUAACUUUAUCUGAACUUUCGAUCGCCUUGUUUAUCAGCGACCAAGCGAACUCGUUCGCUGAAAUUGAGAUCGAUAUCCCACUAAAUAUUCGGAAAGAUCUGAUCCAGAAUCUUGGUCCUAUAUUCUCGAUACAGCAGGAGCAGGUCCACCUCUAUCAUCAAUGCCUCAAGGAGCCCAUCUUGAAUGCACUGAAGCAAAAGAACACCGCUAGUAGUUCUACAUCUUCAAGAAAUCAACGAAGUGCCUCACUACCGCCAAUCUACAGCUCAUCAUCGAUUCUGUUAGAACAUGAUGAGAUUGCUAGGAAGUGCUUGAAAUACAUGUCUUGGAACGACACUGAGAAGCAAGCUUUGCAGAAUCCAAAUUUGAGGGUCACGAACUUUCAUCCAGUCAAACCACACGAUUUUAUGGCAUAUGCAGCUCGCUACUGGCAAGAUCAUUACAGCGAUGCUAGAUGCAACAAACGUUUACAUCAAGACGUGGUCGACUUUCUCAGCGACGAAACAAGGUUACGAAGAUGGAUCCGAGCUCGACCUAUAGAGCACAAUAUCAAAAUUCAACUUCAAUGUAAUAUGUCCCCGAUUCACGCAGCUUCUUAUUUAGGGUUGGUUGAUGUUGUGACGACACUUUUGAAAACCGCAGAUCCCAUUCACAAAGAAAUAGCUCUUCAUGCAGCAGCAAGAGAAGCACACGCGAGCAUCUUCCCACUUAUGCGAGAUGAUGAUUUGGUUUCCCAGCACAUCUCUAAAACCUCGGCUUUGGGGAGACAUUUAGAAAUAGUGAAAAUACUUUCCAACACAAACAAUCACAUUGGAUUGGGGGACAGGCAGUACGGGCUAUUCCAACAAGAUGCUCUGCAAGAAAAUGUGAAAGGCAUGAAUAAUCUACAAAAUGACAUUAUCCAUACACUAUUUUCGAAAUAUACUUACGACGAACUGCUUGUAGAAGCAAUUCGUCGCAGUCAGCUGCCGACCGUCCGAAUUUUGCUGAGAAAACCAGAUUGUUUAAAACUAUCUCGCAAGACGGUAGCCAAUCUUUUGCAAAUAUCGGUAUCAAAUUGCUCUUUGGAGAUAAUGAGGGAGCUUCUCGAGAAUAACGCAAUUGCUGCUAUUGUAGAUCUUGAAGAUUUGAUCGCCGCACUAGACCUAGCAGCUCAUCAUGGACACAAAAUGUUGUUUAGAGAACUCCUCGCCAAGGUCAAGAGGAAUGGCCAUCAUGUCAACUUUCUGCAGCUGCUAGACGUAGCCGUAAGCAAUGAUCAUGUGAAGAUCAUCGAAGAGAUUGAAAGAGCAGGGGAGGAUGUGAAAACAAUCAGCGAAGAAGUCCACGCACUCCACCUUGCAUGUCAUUAUGGAGACUUCCAUAUGGUAGAAAAACUUUUGGGCCUCGGGGUAGAUUCAUCAAGUGUAUAUUUGGACAAAUUCACACCUUUACAUCUGGCGGCCGCCAGUGGGAGUUUGAAAAUUGUGCAAGCGUUAUUGCGUCAAAUUCAGAAGAAUAAAGAAAUACAACGACCUGAGAACCCGGAGACAGCCAGGUCGAUCGGCACUCAAGAGCCUCAGACGGGAGGAAAGAAACGAAACUAUCUCCAGUUUGAUGAGAACCAUUCGGCCGGAAACAAAACAAUUACCGGUAAAUUACAAGACGAUGGUUCCCGGGUUAUUGAUGAAUGCAAUCCAGGGUUUGCUGCGGAUGAAGAAAGUAGCACCAUAGAAGAUCCUUGUUUGGAAAGCGAAUACAAUUCAGAGGUUUCUAGCUCCAGCAGUAAUGAUGAGAAAGACAGGACGACGUUUUUGGAAGACCGAAUGGGCAUUGAAUAUAUAGACGAACCUACCGCUUUACAUUCAGCUGCUCAACGGGGCCAUAUUGAGAUAACUAAGAUUUUGAUCAAAUCUGGCGAGGACUACAACCGCAAAAGCAUAACGCGAAUGACACCGUUGCAUCUAGCUGCUAGAAAAGGAAAUACUACAAUUGUAAAGUUGAUCCUUGAAAGCGGCGGAAAUCCGAAUGUGGUCGGUCGAAAUAACUCUUCUCCACUUCUAUUAGCGUCGAACGAAGGGAAAUUGAAUUCCGUGAAAGUCCUGCUCAAGGCCAGAGCGGAAGUUGAUAUAGUAGACCACGACCUGGAAAGUGCUCUGCAUAAGGCUUCGAAAUUUGGCUACUCUUCUAUAGUGAGCCUUCUUCUCCAGCAAGAAGCUGACGUAGACUUGCGGAACGAAGAUGGAAAUACGCCUCUUCAUCUAGCAGCCAAAAAGGGUCAUCUGGAAGCUGUAAAAGAUCUUUUCCAACAUGCACCAGACUUUAACAUAGCAAACCACCACGGAGAUACUGCGUUACACAUGGCCGCGAAAGGCCAAUUUAGUGCCGUAUUGCGUCACGUCCUCGAGAACUCGCCAGGCAUUAACAUAAACGACAGGGACAACAUGAAGGGGUUCACCGCUCUUCAUUGGUUAAACUCGGAUCCGGAGUGCAUAAAAAUAUUAAAAAGAUACGGAGCGGACAUGGAGGCUGAAAGCUCACUCAAUAAUACCGCCUUGUUUGAGGCGGUCCGUUGCAAUUCUGAGGAAGGGGUAAGGGCCCUCUUGGAAUGUGGCGCAAAACCAGACUCAAGAAAUCGAAGAGACUCCUACCCAAUGAAUCGUGCGGCUCAGCUUGGUAAUACUGCCAUCGUAAAGAUGCUCAUGGAUAUGAACGCAAAUCCGCUCUGUAAGGAUAAUCUGUCAGGUGGGGCUCGAACGCCAUUGCAAUUAGCCUUUGAGGGCGAUUUUCCAGAGUCAGUACUACAAGUAUUGGAAAGAGUAAACGGAUCACUACCCACGGCGGAUGACUACGGUGAAGCUGUUCUCUACAUAUUCCGACACGCGCCUCGUUCGAAGUCACUUUCCUUGUUGGCUCUGCAGAAAGCCCUCCAGAUUCCGAAUGUGAAUCUUGAGAUUACAGAUGAAGAUUAUGGCCAGACGCCCCUUUCACACGCAGCGGAAGGUGGCCACCAAGAGAUUGUUGAGAUGCUGUUAGCAGCUGGAGCUGAAAGGACUUCACAGGACAAUGUUUCUGGUCGUACGCCUCUACUAUGGCCAGUGGCCAACGGUCACGAAACAAUUGUGAUCAACCUGUUGGAAGAAAGUGCAAGCGACCAACUAGAUUUAACUGACAAACAAUCUUUUACUGCUUUACAUACAGCUAUAGCACGCGGAGAACCAUCAAUCAUCGAGAUCUUGCUCGACCAAGGAGCAAAUAUAGAAGCUAGGGCUUUCAGUAUUGACUUGACUCCUCUUGCAUAUGCUGCUGCGGUCACCACAAAACUGGAAGUGGUUAGCGCCUUAUUGUUUAGAGGCGCAAGUCUCUCUGCGUUGAAUCAAUGGUCGCUAACCCCUUUAGAGGUUGCAAUAAAGUUCGGAACCGUCGAUGUUGUAAAAGCAAUCACAGAAAAAGGAGCGUCACUAUCAACUCGUGCUUUCCAUGUCUCGCCCCUGGAGUUAGCAAUCACUUACAAGAGAAAAGAUGUGGGUUCUUACUUCAUGAGAGACCAUGCUAUGGUUCUAUUCAACGAUCAAGGAUGGGCUGUGUUACAUUUGGCGGCAAUACUUGGAGAUGUGGUGACGGUAAGAGCGUGCCUUCAGAACAACCCACAGGUCAAUUCUCGAGAUCGUAUGGGGUACACUCCUCUUCAUUGGGCAGCAAAGCAUGGACUUACGACUGUAACAAAGUUACUACUGGAUGAAGGCGCUGAUGUGAAUCUGGCUGGAAGUAGAGAAAUGACAGCCUUGCAUUUUGGUGCACACAGCCAAAAUGAAGAAACAUUGCAGAUCAUACUUUGCCACAAUCCGGACAUGAGCCUACUUGAUAUUCAUGGCUGGAACUUCAUGAGAAUAUUCCAGGCUCACAACGAACAUAAUCUCUCUUCAUUCUGCGGCGGAGCUGCUAUGAACGACUUCACAGACAACCGCUGGGAGAUUGCUGGAGAAUCGCCCAGCUGUCGGGUGAGGUCAAUAGUCGGCUCUGGUAUUAUCAUCUCUGAUGAUGGCUUAAUAAUCUCAGCAGAAAAUGUCCAUAAGACUGAAUUGCGGGUAGGUACACAAGUCCGAACUGACCACCCCAUGCCUUUUGGACUUUACUCAUACUAUUUUGAGAUAACUGUUCAACAAGCAGGCCAGGAAAGCGAAAUUGGUCUUGGUUUCUGCACAGACGACUCGGAGCGGAGAGGAAUGCCUGGUUGGGGCUGUGAGACUUGGGGAUAUAACAGCGAUGGUAGCAUACAUAAAUGGCUAGAAUCCGUAUCGAACGCAGAGUGGGUGCGGCCUGCGCCAAAAUAUUCCCAGAACGACACGAUUGGAUGUGGUGUAGACUUUCGAUCCCGAAAAGCUUAUUUCACAAAGAAUGGCGUGCUUUUGGGGAAGGAAGCAGUAUUUGGUGAAAUCAAGGGAAGAUUAUGGCCAUUGAUAUGUUUUCGAACUUCAGGAGCCGUUGUUUCGACGAACUUAGGAGGCGUGCGUGACUUUGUCUUCAAAGAAUCGGAAAUGGAAGUGACACAGAUUUACUGCGCUGAACCUGACGAAAAGCCCGUUACCAUGAUGGAAGAUUUAAAAGGCUGA